GCCGCACCUCCACGCCUGAGAGGGGCACGCACUGAAGGCGGAGGGAGAGGAGGAGGAGGAGGAGGAAGAGGAUGGCGGCUCUGGGCAGGCCGGCUCCGCAGCUGCGGCUCCUGCUCCGCGCCUUCCUCGGGCCCAUGGCUCUGAGCCAGCGCUCCGCGUCUGCUCCGGCUCCGAGGCGCGCACCCCGGCGCCUCUCGGUGGAAGGGAACAUCGCUGUGGGGAAAUCCACCUUUGUGAAGCUACUCCUGAAAACCUUUCCAAAGUGGCACAUAGCUGCUGAACCAAUAACAACAUGGCAGAACAUCCAGGCUGUUGGCACACCGACUGCUGGCCCUCCCCAGAGCGUGGGGAAUUUGCUGGAUAUGAUGUACCAGCAGCCCUCACGGUGGUCCUACACCUUCCAGAUGUUUUCCUUCCUGAGUCGGCUACGAUCGCAGCUGGCCCCCUACCCAGAGAGCCUCUUGCAGGCCCAAGAGCCGGUACAAAUCUUCGAGCGGUCAGUGUACAGUGACAGGUACAUCUUUGCCAAGAAUCUCUUUGAAAAUCGCUUCCUAAACGAUGUCGAGUGGGCUGUCUAUCAGAAUUGGCAUUCCUUCCUCCUCCGGGAGUUUAGCAACAACAUCUUCCAGGACGGCUUCAUCUACCUCCGGGCUUCUCCCCAGGUGUGCUUCAAGAGACUACGCCAACGCGCCAGGACUGAGGAGAAGGAUCUUGAGCUGGGAUACCUUGAACAGCUCCAUGCUCAGCAUGAAGACUGGUUUAUCCAUAAGGUGACUGAGCUCCACUUUGAGGACUUGAAGAAGGCCCCUGUUCUGGUGCUGGACGUCAAUGAGGAUUUCUCGGAGCAGGCCGCCAAGCAAGAGGAGCUCAUGACAAAGGUCAGCACCUUUGUAAAGAAUCUAGAAUGAAGCCCUGGUCCUGCUAGGCAGGAUCAUUGGGCCUGGACUAAACUUCUGAUAAGCUAGUGCCUUUCUGCUACUUGGAGAACUAUGGAUUCCUUCUCUCCAGCUCCCAUCAUCCAUUGAAUGAGGCUGUUGCACUCGACGGCCUUCCAACCCUUCAGCUCUGAUCUGCUAUCUCAUGGUCCCAGGAGGACCUCGAAGGUCCUUGUUCAAGCUUUUCUUGGUUCUCAAAGACAUUUUCCUUUUUCAUCAGUUUGAUUUUAUUUUCAGAUUCAAAUUCUCUGCCUCUCCCUCAUCCAUUUAGAAGAUAAGAAAUCCAUUCUAAAUACGGAGACUUGUGCAAAGUAAUGGCCACCAUGUCCAAAAAAAAAAAAAAAAAAAAA